CUGUCAGCCAGUCAAAUGUCAUUAACGUCAAAUUCAGUAGUCAAAAUUGCUUUGUUUACCAUGGCCUAAUAAUUUUUGAUAACGCAAAAUCCAUCAAUAAGCUCAAGCAACAAGCAAAUAAAUUAAAACUCACGUCUUGUCCAUUCACGAAAAUGAAUUCGCUGUGUAAAUUGGCGAUAAACAUUGCGGCCAGAAAUCGGAGAAGGUUGUUGAGGCAGGUUGUUAGCAAACAGCAGUCAAGAUGGACGUCUACCAUCGAGAAUCCGCCCGGUAUGAAGCCUGCACCACAGUUCAGUAUUCCCCAUGGAAUCUUUGGGCAGGCUACUUGUCAUACACACCCUCACUUGAUCCAGCCGGGACAUUUGACGUGUGGUAUCAGCCAGAUAGAGUUUAGAGAGCGGAGGGAAACAUUAGUCAACAAAUUGGCGGCAGAAUUUGAAAACAUGCACAAAAGCCACAUUAUAGUAAUACCGGCAGCCUGCAAGCAGUACAUGUCGGACAAGAUUCCGUACGUGUUCCGUCAGAACUCAGACUUCUUCUACCUGACCGGCUGCCUAGAGCCGUCUGCCAUCCUGGUGAUGGUCAAACCCGCACAAACUGAUUCUUUCAAGAGUGUUCUAUUCGUGCACGAAAAGGAUGUGCACGCCGAGCUAUGGGAGGGCCCGCGCACGGGCUCUUCCGCCGCCGCUGGACUAUUCGCCGUCGACGAGGCGCGCCCCGUCGAGAACUUCGCGGGGUUCAUUAGCAAAAUAACCGCGUCAUCAAAGCCAGCAGUGGUCUGGUACCACGGCGACAGUCCUGCGAACCCAGACAUCCACAGCACCAUACAAUCGGCCGCCAAGGCUGCGCAGGCGACGGUGGCCGACCCACAACGCGCGUUGCACUUUAUGCGCGUGCAUAAGUCGCCAGCGGAAAUCGAACUCAUGAAGGAGACGUGCUAUAUCGGCGCGCACGCUAUGAAUAUGGCCAUGGCUACUACCAAACCGGGUGUGACAGAGCACCAAGUGAACGCAGUCCUGGACUACAGCUGCCGGCAGUCGGGCGCGGAACACCUGGCCUUCCCGCCCGUGGUGGCAGGCGGCGCGCGCGCUACGCACAUACACUAUGUGGCUAAUAACCAGGUCUUGAAUGACGGGGAUAUGCUUCUGGUUGACUCGGAUUCGUCGUCGUAG